CAUCGGUCAUUGCAAGAACUCCCAUAACAAGAAAAUAUAUGUAUACUGCGCUGUUGUUUAACUUUUAUUGCUUGUUGACUUUAUGUGUCCGUCACUGAUCUGUUUUUUAUUUUUUUAUUGAAACAUUUGAGUCAUACCGGAUUUUCGACCCUAAAAUAUCCUCACACAGCAAUGAGGGAGACUCCACUGCUGUAUCCGCAAUAUGUCUGCGCCCUCUGACAGGAAACAUUGAAUAAAGGACAUGUGGAAGUCAGUGCAUGUGGUGUCACCAAGAAUCUGGACCAGAGAUCUACACAGAGCAUGGAGCACAUGGGGGUACAGGCUCUGUUGUCAAAGGGCUCAACCUCCAGCCUCAUCUAACACACAGUCAUCACAUCAUCCCAGGACUCAAGCAGAGAAAGCCAAACGUAGAAGAGAGAGGCAGAAGGCGAUACUCAGUAGUGAUGUUAAUGACGUUGAGCUGAACUGGUCAGAAAAAGAGAAAAUAACCUACACAGCUCCCCUAGUACAUGGAGAGAAGAAAGACACCUCUCUGCCCUUCCCUCAGUCCUACAGCCCAGAAUAUGUGGAGUUUGGCUGGUAUCAAUGGUGGGAGAAACAGGGAUUCUUCAGUCCUGAACAGCAUAGUAAACUGCCCCAUGCAGCUGACAAUUAUUUCUCCUUAUGUAUACCUCCACCGAAUGUGACUGGCACUUUGCACCUUGGACAUGCUCUGACAGUGGCUAUAGAAGAUGCUUUGGCUCGCUGGCGACGAAUGCAGGGCUACAAAGUGCUGUGGGUUCCAGGCUGUGACCAUGCAGGGAUUGCAACACAGUCUGUGGUUGAGAGGAAGCUGUUAAGGGAGCAGGGGAAGAGCAGACAGGACUAUGGCAGAGAAAAGUUCCUCGAAGAGGUCUGGAAAUGGAAAAACGAAAAGGGGGAUGAGAUUUACCAUCAGCUGAGGAAACUAGGUGCAUCUCUUGACUGGAGUAGAGCCUGUUUCACCAUGGACCCGGGUUUCAGCAGUGCUGUGACUGAGGCCUUUGUCAGGUUGUGUGACUCUGGCCUCAUCUACCGCUCUGAAGGCAUGGUCAACUGGAGCUGUGCUUUGGAGUCAGCUAUCUCAGAUAUUGAGGUGGAUUCCAAACAGCUAUCUGGAAGGUCUCUCUUGUCUGUUCCUGGCUAUCAGCAGAAGGUGGAAUUUGGGACCAUGGUUACUUUUGCAUAUCCCUUAGAGUUGCAGGAAGGUGAAGUUGCUGUGUCCACCACUCGUCCAGAGACGAUGCUGGGAGAUGUGGCCAUUGCUGUGCAUCCUGAUGACCCUCGAUAUAAAGCGCUUCAUGGCAAACAGUGCAGGCAUCCAUUCACAGAUCGGUUAUUACCCAUUGUCACAGACUCUAUGGUGGAUAUGGAAUUUGGCACAGGUGCUGUUAAGCUGACACCUGCUCACGACUACACUGACUUCUUGCUCUCUCAAAGACAUUCCCUCCCACACCUCACUGUGAUUGGAGGAGACGGAACCAUGACGUCACUCUGUGGCCAGUGGCUUGAGGGAAUGAAGCGGUUUGAUGCAAGAGAACGUGUGAUUAGUGCACUGAUGGAGAGAAAGCUGUUCAGACAAAAGCGGGAUCAUCCCAUGUCAUUACCUAUAUGCAGCCGUUCUGGAGAUGUUAUUGAACCCUUGCUGAAGAAACAGUGGUUUGUACAUUGUCAAGGAAUGGCAAAGAAAGCAGUUCAAGCAGUGGAAGAUGGGGAUCUACAGAUAAUUCCUCACUUUUAUACCAAAAUAUGGAAGAACUGGCUGUCCAAUAUCAGUGAUUGGUGUAUUUCCAGACAGCUUUGGUGGGGUCAUCAGAUACCAGCCUAUCGUGUGACAUUGCUGAACUCUAUUGACAUAGAGGAGGAGCAGUGGGUUUGGGGCAGAACUGCUGCAGAGGCUCGAGAACGUGCUGCUGUGAAGUUUGGAGUAAAUCCAGAUGACAUCACUCUCACACAGGACCCAGAUGUGCUUGAUACUUGGUUCUCUUCAGGUCUCUUCCCAUUCGCUAUGCUCGGCUGGCCUCAGCAGACAGAGGACCUGAAACACUUCUACCCCAAUUCCAUUCUGGAAACAGGAAGUGACCUCAUCUUCUUCUGGGUGGCCAGGAUGGUGAUGCUGGGCAGAGAGUUGACAGGCCAGCUGCCCUUUAAACAGGUGCUCUUUCACUCUUUAGUGCGAGAUAAAUAUGGGCGGAAGAUGAGUAAAUCUUUAGGAAAUGUCAUUGAUCCUCUGGAUGUCAUCUCAGGUGUUUCUCUGGAGAGACUUCAAGAGAAAGUCAGAGAAGGAAACCUAGAUCCAGGAGAGAUGGUUGUUGCCAAGGAAGCACAGAAGAAAGAUUUCCCUAAAGGUAUUCCAGAGUGUGGGACUGACGCUUUGAGGUUUGCACUCUGCUCUUACAAAGCCCAGGGUGAAGACAUCAGCCUGUCUGUGUCUCAAGUGCUGAGCUGUAGGCAUUUCUGUAAUAAGAUGUGGCAGACAGUACGCUUCACUCUCGCCGUGUUGCAGGAUAACAGUUUACCCACAUCAUUAGCCGAGACGUAUCCACUCUCUAGCAUGGACAGGUGGAUCUGUUCAAGACUCUACAGCACCGUUCAACAGUGUGAGCAGAGUUUUGAGAGCUAUGAGCUCCACACGGUCACCUCUGCACUGCAGUCUUUCUGGGUCCACAGUCUGUGUGACAUCUACCUGGAAAGCAUAAAGCCUGUUUUGAAAAACUCUGGCUCUAAUAGCGAGGAGAGAGAAAGAGAGAGGCAGACGGCCACGUCUGUAUUAUAUCACAGCGUGUCUAUCUCUCUCUCUCUCCUCUCACCCUUCAUGCCUUUCCUCACAGAGGAGCUGUGGCAGAGACUCCUGCCUUACAGUACAGACUCUAUCAAGAACCCUACCAGCCUGUGUGUGCAGCCCUACCCAAACACCUCACAGCUGGAGCACUGGUAUUUUCCUAAGGAGGAAGCUGACUUCACCUUGGUACAGGAAGUGGUCAGAGUGGCGAGGGUGCUGAGGGCCCAGUGCCAGAUGACGAAGAAAAGACCUGACUUGUGGGCAGUGUGUGCACCAGAUCAGGCUCAAACCCUUCACCACUUCAGAUCUGCUAUUUGCACACUGGGUCGCAUCUCAAAUCUUCAUCUGCACUGUCCAGAGGGAGGUUUCACUGACUCUACUCCACCUAAGGGCAGUGCUGUUGGAGUGGUGGACCAUACUGUACACUUACAUCUAAGUGUUCAGAAUGGUAUUAAUGCUAACAAACAGAGAACUCUCCUCUCUCAGCGUAGAGAAAUGCUUGCCUCCAAACUCAAACAAGCUAUUUCUCGAUCCCAGAUGCCAAACUACAUAGAAAAGGUUCCUGAUCAUGUCAGACAGGUGACAGAGAAGAAGAUUGCAGCCAUGGAGCAGGAGCUGAAGAACAUUGAGGACCAACUUUUGGCUUUGGAAGAUAUGACGAAACAAGACUAAUCAAGGGCUUAAAUGUGUAAAUGUAUGGAAAAGUAGAACACCAAACCCAUGACAAGCUGAGGAAAAAAUACUUUAUUAUUUUUUAUGUCCAUUUUAGUGAACAUAGAAAAGAUGCCUCUGAACAGCCACGGUGUGACAAAGUGGUGAUGCAUAUUAUGUUUGUUUGGAUACAACAUGAAUGUAAAAUAAAUUA